CGCACGAAAAAGUAUGAUGGCGACUUCGUCAUUCAUUUGUGAAUUCGCCGAGCAAGUUGUUAAGGCGAUGGUGGAGCAUGUUGUGUUGUUCAAGUGGCAGGAUGACGCUACCCCCGAGGCCAUCGAAUCCGUUGGCCAAUCUAUCUUGGCCUUGAAAGACAAGAUUCCUGGCGUCAUCGACCUCGCUUAUGGCGAAGACUUCACCAAGACCCGCUCCCAAGGGUUCACGCACGCGCUUGUAGUCCGCAUGGCCAACAAGGACGUCGUGGCGUUCUACGAUGCGCACCCCGAGCAUGUCAAAGUGAUCACUCAAAUCCGAACCAUCGUGGACAAGAUCCUCGCCGUGGACUUUGAAUCACCCCGCCACACCCCCAACUAAUGCCUGUAAUACCAUUGUUUGACCCUAGUAUGUAGCUUGUUCACCACGAACCAAAUCAAUGAACAUACCCGCAUAACGUUAAGACAUUCAUGAUGAUUUGGAGGCCAA